AUGGAUGUAUUACGAAUAAUGACUGCUCAGCCAAUGAGGAAUGCGAUUUUGGAAAAUGUAUCAGUAUGUCGCCUCGGAAUCCUUUAUCUCGUUUCGUCGCGCCAAAAGCGUGUAGCACCGGAGCGGAUUGUGGAUCUCAAUCGGUUUGUGUCGAUGGAAAUUGUGUCGUUGACAAUGGAUACGGUGGAAAGUGUUCAGUUGGAGCUCACUGUCCAAAUGGUUACAAUUGUGUCAAUGCUCGUUGUGUUCCAAGUAGCCGUCGUUUCGAGAGAACCUGUCGAGUCAAUUGCCCAAUUGGAACAUGGUGCCAGAACACUUCGUGCCUUCCUUUUCCCGGAAAAUAAUUGUUCUUUUUCACUGGAAUAA